AUGGCUAGCAUCAUUGCACGUGUGGGUAAUAGCCGGCGGCAAAACACACCCUUGCCACCUUGGGCCCAUUCAAUUUUGAGGUCCCUGGGGAGGAGUCUUGGUCCUUUAAGGGUCCACAUGGCAGAAAGAAAUGUGAAGCUAUUCUCCGGGAGAGUGGUGCCAGCCCAAGGGGAAGAAACCUUUGAAAACUGGCUGAUCCAAGUCAAUGGGGUCCUGCCCAAUUGGAAUAUGUCUGAGGAGGAAAAGCUCAAGCGCUUGAUGAAAACCCUUAGGGACCCAGCCCGGGAGGUCAUGCGUUUGCUCCAGGCCGCCAACCCCAAUCUAAGUGUGGCUGAUUUCCUGCGGGCGAUGAAACUGGUGUUUGGGGAGUCUGAAAGCAGUGUCACCGCCCAUGGUAAAUUUUUUAACACUUUGCAGGCACAAGGGGAGAAAGCCUCCCUUUAUGUGAUCCGUUUAGAAGUGCAGCUCCAGAAUGCUAUUCAGGCAGGGAUCAUAGCUCAGAAAGAUGCAAACCAGACUCGCCUGCACCAGCUCCUUUUAGGAGCUGAGCUAAAUAGGGACCUGCACUUUAGGCUGAAACAUCUUCUCAGGAUGUAUGCAAAUGAUCAGGAGCAUCUUCCUAAUUUCUUGGAGUUAAUCAAGAUGAUAAGGGAGGAAGAGGAUUGGAAUGACACUUUUAUGAAAUCGAAACGGCCCAAAAGGUCUGAGCUAAUCUUGGAGAGGGCAGCAAGCCCUGUAGCAUUUCAGGGGCCCCAGCCAAUAGCAACCAGCAGUGCCGACUGCAACAUGAUAGAGGUAGAUGAUACCCUUGAUGACUUAGAUGAGGAUGUGAUCCUGAUGGAGUCUCAGGACCCUCUACUUACAUCCAUCGAUGCCCCGCCGCUCAGAGGCAGGGCCAGACCUCUCGAUCCAGUACUGGUCACUGAUUCCUCCAACAGUUCCUGGGCUCAAUCUCCUUCCACCAGUGGGGGUUCUGGGUAUAAGAAUAAGGGUCCUGGGGAUAUGCGUAGAGCCAGGAAGUGAAAAUACACAAUCUUCUGUUCAUAUUGUGGUGAGGAGGGCCACUCAAAGGAAACCUGUAACAGUGAGAGCAACAAGGCCCAGGUGAUUGAGAAUCUGAUCAUCACCCUGCAGGAGCUGACACAUACAGAGGAGAGGUCAAAAGAGGUUCCUGGCAAACACAAUGACCUCUCUGGGCCUCUAGUAAGGUGCUAG